GAUGGUUUUUGCGACUACCUCGUCAAUCAUGGACGACGACACAAACACCCUGUGUAGAUUAUGACGCAAACAAAAAGGGACCGACAGGACCGCGGCAUUGAUAGAAAUGUAACGUUUCACUGUUGUGAACACGAACAACAUGCCCAAGAAGCGGCAGACACAUUUGGAGAAACCAUGCACAACUGGGCACGUUACCUCAUCUUUUUUCAGUACAUUGGGACGAAAUACAGUGGCGCAGUGAAAGUGCCUCCGCAUCAGCUGGAGAGGAAAGGGAUCCAGGACCACUUGGAGGAUGCAAUAAGGAGGCUGAGGCCCCUCAACCCAGUAUCGCUGUCAGUCUCAAGCAGGACAGACACAGGUGUCCACGCCCUCUCUAACUCCGCGCACUUUGACCUCCAGCGCAGAAACAACAAGCCGCCAUUUACUGAGGACAUUCUUGUUGAGGCCCUGAAUUUCCACCUCCGGACAGAACAAAUCAGGAUCACCCAUGCCCACCGUGUGCCUGAUGACUUCCACGCCCGUUUUCGUGCUGAGUCUCGGACCUACGUCUACCGGAUAGCCCCGGGAAUCUCCCGCCACUCUCUGCUUCCCCUCACAGACCACGAUCUGUGCUGGAACCUCCGCAACACGGAGCUGGAUGUGGGAGCCAUGCGUGAGGCUGCCUCCCUGCUGGUUGGGACUCACAACUUCAGCAGCUUCAGGGCAGUCAGCUCCGACAUGCCUUUUAAAAACCCUGUCAAGACACUGGAUGUGGCCGACGUACAGCCAGGAAGCUCUUUCGCACACACACACUUCCACAGGGACAUCCCAAUCUGGGAACUGACUUUUAGGAGCAGAUCUUUUCUCUACAGGCAGGUGCGGAGGAUGACAGGGGCCCUGGUGGCAGUAGGCCAAGGGCAGCUCUCAGUGCCCCAGCUGAAGGACAUAUUGGAGGCUCAGGACUCUCUGGCCUACCCACAGGGCAUGGCUGCUCCGGCUCACGGCCUCUUCCUCACCAGGGUGGACUACAGAGACACAGACCUGCAGCUUUCACCACAGACAUCAGGGGAGAAACUUCCCUCCACUGGAAACUCAGAAGAUUAAUUCUACUUUAACAGUUCAUUAAUAUUAAUGUAUUUCCAUACUACUGUAUGCAAUGAUUGUAAUCAAGUUUUUGUGUUUAUAUGCAGAUUUUUUCUUUACUGAUAAUAAAACGCAGCAGCUUGACUUUGAGUCAGUGGCCCCUAGUAGGUGUUUUUAACAAAAUUAUUUCCACAUUUAGAAAAAUAAACAUUGGAAUACAUACAGAUGGACAUCUAUAUUUUCUUUUAAUUCAACAUAUUAAGAAUACAUAACUGUGUCCAUGAACGCAGCUCAGCUACAGAAUACCACACACCUUGAACCUAUCAUUGUCUACACAUGACCUUCAGGUUACAACAA